AAUGACACUAAUUAUUAAAACAUUUUCAGAACAGAUAAGCAACUAAAACAGCAACAUCAUUACAUACAAUAACAUCAGCAAAAGCAAUAACAAAUUCAUUUGGAGAAUAUUGACAAGUUGAAAUUUCGUUUCUAUGUAUACCAGAGAACUCUGCUGGCUUAUUUGAUUUAAGAAAUAUACAAAACCUUAGAGGGUAAUCCAAUAAAAUUCACAACAACUUCCAUAUUCCAUUAAAGAUAAACAAUGACUUCACGAUUGGAUCGUUUAUUCAUAUUAUUGGAAUCCGGUUCUUCCGCUGUAACACGACGUGCAGCUGCUAAGCAAAUUGGGGAAGUACAGAAAUUGUAUCCUCAUGAGUUACACGCGUUACUUAAUCGUCUUAUUGGUUACUUGCACAGUUCAUCAUGGGAUACUCGCAUUGCUGCUGCACAAACAGUUGAAGCCAUAUUACUUAAUGUUCCAGUAUGGAAACCUGAAGUUUUUGCUGCAAGUAAUAGUGCCAUAAAGCGUGAAAUAAAGAAAGAUGAUUUAGAGGAGGACAGUUGUCAAUCUACUAGUUCAGCUUCAUCAUCCAUUGCAACUGUUGCAAAUAGUGUUACCGAAGCUAAAAAUCGCUUUUUAUUAUUUAAUGAAUUUAAUUUAGAACAAAUAUUGAAUAAGGGGGCACGUUUAAUUGGUUCCGAAGGGGCUGAAUUCGAUAUGAAUGAAGAUGGAACUUCGAUAGCCACUAAAGCAGAACACUUAAGCCAACAGCGUGCUAUGCUGAAAGAAAAAUUAGACUUAGCUCAAAUAUUAAAUAUUAGUGAGAUGAUUACGGAUGAAGACAUGUGUAGCAACACCGCUACGUACAAUAUUAAUGAUGAAAAGGUUCCUGUUGAAAGCAUUCUUAAUAUUAAACCUAAUCAUAAUUUAAUACCCUCAAAUGGGCAGCAAUUAAGCUGCCGUGAAAUGAACCGUGCCAAACGUAAAGCACGUCAAAACAUGUCCUCGGCCAGUGUCACCACGACUGUAGCAACGUCAACCACCAACACAAUAAAUCGCAGCACUUCUUUAUUGGGCAAUAAUGGUAUAAAGAGUGAUGAACCCGAAAAGAAAAAAUUUAAAUCUGAUCCUCAAAGGCAGGAAAUAUUUUAUAGCCUAAACGAUCCUGUACCAGAUGCUACAGGAACUUGGAUAGAUGCGACAAAUUGGCCAUUAGAAAAUUUUUGCGCACGCUUGUAUCUGGAUUUAUUCAAUCCCAAAUGGGAAAUACGUCAUGGAGCUGCUACUGCUUUACGAGAACUGAUUCUUAUUCAUUCGAAAGGAGCAGGAAAGAGUAUAAACAUGACAAAAGAAGAAAUGGAAAAUAAUCACAGCUUGUGGUUGGAAGAUGCUGCUUUGCGUUUGCUUUGUGUGCUAUGUUUAGAUCGUUUUGGUGACUUUGUUUCAGAUCAAGUAGUUGCGCCAGUCCGUGAAACAUGCUCGCAAGUGUUGGGUUUAAUUGUUAAAGAAAUGGAAGCAGAACAAGUGUAUAACAUUGUGGAUAUUUUACUAAAAUUAUUAAAAGAAAAUGAGUGGGAAGUACGUCAUGGUGGAUUGUUAGGUUUAAAAUAUGUAUUUGUCGUGCGUCAGGAUUUAUUGGAGAAAUGUUUACCACGUACUAUAAAUGAUGUGCUAAUUGGUCUGUUUGAUACAGUAGAUGAUGUUGGUGCUGUAGCUGCAUCUACGCUUACACCAGUUGCUUUAUGGUUGCCAAAAUUAUUGACUGCUGAGCAGGUGUCAAAAAUUGUUAAAAUGUUGUGGGAUUUGUUAUUAGAUCAAGAUGAACUCACAUCUGCUUGUAAUAGUUUUAUGGGGCUGCUCGCAGCUUUAUUAUGUCUUCCUAAUGCAUCUUCAUGGUUGCAAAUGGAGCCCAUGUCAACAGUUGUACCGCGCUUAUGGCCUUUCCUUUCACACAAUUCUAGUUCGGUACGCAAAUCAACUUUAAUGACUUUAAAAACGCUUUCCACAAAUAAUGCAAAAACUGAAUAUUCGCCAAAAAAUGUAAAAACGAAAACUGAAUUAGUUCCUGAAAAUGCUUCUAGUAUCGGUUUAUCCACAAUGAAGCUUAAUUUUGAUUCAAAAAAUUUAACGCUAAACUUUGGUGUCAUAGACUGGCAGCCAAAAUUACUUCAAGAAGCUUUACGUCAUAUUUAUCAACGAAUUCUAGUCGAAUCACAGACUGACAUUCAUCAACUUACUCAACUUGUUUGGAUGAAUCUUAUUACAAAUGCUAAUAUAGGCGCACUGUUGCAUGCAGCAUGCCCCUAUGUUUCAUCAUGGAUUUGUUUAGCUAUGCAACCUCAAAGACUUGCAUUUGAUCCAGCAGCUUUAAUACAAGCCACCCCAACUAGUGAUGCAUCACUAAAUCGUCGUCGUAUACAAAGAAGUGGUGAUGAUUUAGGGUGUAAUAUUUUAACUUCAAUCACUUCUCAAAAAGUUAUUGAAAUGCGACAUUAG